CCUGAAUCCGCCAACCUAACCACUUUUUUACUUCGAUUUUCGCCUGUUUUGAAUUCUCUCCCUCCCGUUCAAUGCAGAUCCUAUCACAAUUCUGAAUGUCAUUUGGUCCAUCCCUUGUGCGCUCCCGCUUCAGCGCUGGACUGCCGUCCUGCGUUCCGCAGCACCGGUUGCGCUUUGGGCAUUGGUUUCGCCAGAGACCAGGCAGUCCUCGCUCGGCCAGAUACAUUGGCAAUGAUGCCUCUAGUGCGAGUGUUGUAUCUUCUGUCGGCCCAGGGGUUGGGGACUCAGACCUGAAAUCUUCCGCCAUUCCCCGAUCGACUCUUCUGGGCAACAAGUCCGCUGCCACUUCUUACGCCUCGAACACCUCCGACCCCGUCGCUGAAAACCGAAUAUCACACCCCCCGGUGUCGCCCGCUCAACCGUCGUCACAGGAGCAUGGCGGUGGGCCAAAGAAACCCCACCGGAAGGGUUUCAAAACACGCGUCACCUACAACACCAUGACCGUUUCCGACGGUGAAUUAUCGUACCGGACACGAUUUGUCGAUCAAAGUACGCGAGAUCUCGAUAAUGAAAUCAUGUCGAGGACGUGGUUUGACAGUGGGUUGGAUGUUCGACGAUGGCGAGCGGCUUUGACCGAGAUUUUCAAGGCAAAACAUUUCGCCAGAGACGCCCGGCGGGAAUUACCAGAACAGUUCAAGCCGAUCGACGAGGACGCAAAACUACGGGAUCUCUUAGAGACGGACGGGCAAGGCCGUUUUCGCGAGGCAUGGGAGGGCCUAGACAAGAAGUCGAAAGCUGGGCAUUGGAAGCGUAUGUCGCUGUGGUUGCUGCAAGAUUCUCCGGAGCUGGCCCUGGAAUUCUUUCUGGUGACCUCCCAGAGCGCGCACAGGCCGGUGUUUCUCAUGAUGGCGGAUUGUCUAUCCUUCUUGCGUGCGUUCUAUGAUGAUCGAUUGAAACAGUGGGAGCGAGGCGCGCAUACGUACGAUUCGGCGCUGCAAACCUGUCUGGACCCUAGCAACUGGCCCAUCAUUGUGGUGUCUCAAAAGGGCGUCCGUCAGUACUUGAUGGUCGCCGACCGUGACCGUCUGCAUGCGGCUUAUGACCACGUUAUCGACAAGCACGUAUACGUCACAGCGGAGACCUAUCUGUGCUUCAUGCGCCGCUUUACGGAUUUUGAAGACGUCGAUAAGGCACUUGACGUGCUCGAGCGUAUUCGCAGAUUGAGCCAGCAUGAAUUUCUCAUCGAUUCCGCGGCCGUCAUGCAUCACUGUUGUAAGCUUCUGACGCUUGACUCCGUGGUUGACGAUCCAAACGGACGCAACUUUCGCAUCCUCCCCAGUCUUCUCCAGAUGGGCGUACGGCCGGACCGGGACAUGAUGAACGUGGUAUUGCGGAACGCGUUCCGGACGGGGGACCCGCAGCUGGGGCUCGACAUGUUGAAUUUCAUGCGGAACCAGAACAUGAAGCCGGACUCUUAUACCUACUUGACCCUGCUCACGGAUGCCGUGUCUCGGGGAGACCGGCACCUGGUGGACGCGUUGAUCGAGGAGAUCGAGCCCCAGGAGGAGAUGUCGAAGAAUCCCUGGAUUGCGAACAAGACCUUCCACGCUCACUUCGUCUUCACGGCCAAAAACAUUGAGGAGGACGCCGACCCCAGUGCGACCUUCUACUCGCUGUUGAACCUGUACACCAAAUUCCACGACAUCACGCCUUUGAAGGAACUCACCAUCCUCCCGCCGGAAUAUACUCCCCCACCAGGGGGCGCAAACGAGCCCCCAUCGGUGAUUGCGUUGUACCUCAUCAUCGCAAGCUACCUCCGGUGCCACAAACGCCUGCCCCACGUUCUCCGCAUCUAUAAAUACUUCCACUCUAUGGUUCUAAAGGGCCACGAGAUCAUCGCGCCCCUGGCCGCCACCGACCACACCUAUAACGAGUUCCUCGUCGCGUUCCGGAAAGACCCGCAAGGAAUCCGGCCAUCCGUGCGGCUUGUCGAAGACAUGUUACAAGCCACCACCGCCCAUAACGACGGAAUCUUACCAAUGACCCGCGCCAAGCCAACCGUACGGACCUGGACGCUCCUCCUGAGCUCCUUCACCUAUAAUCGGCAACCAAUGGCCGCAGAGAGAGUGAAAGACAUGAUGGCCAAAUACGGGGUCGAGUUCAACAUGGUCACCUGGAACACCAUCAUCAGUGGGUACGCGAACGCGCAGAACGUGCCCGAGGUCGCCAAGGCCAUCAAGGCCAUGGAAGCCCAGGGCCUGUCCAUCGACGCGUACACCAUGAAGAGCCUCCGCUACCUGCAUGACCCAGAGCAACUUUGGGAGGUGGUGAAGGAGCUGGACGAGCUUUCUGCUGGACCUGCGACGGACGUGCCCUCGGUGGCUGCUCCGCUGCACGAUGACGGAGAGUAUCUCAGCGGAGCGGACGAUUUACUGGACCAAGGGCUGCGACGUUUGCAGGAGAGCCAGGCGACCAAGUUAUGAUACCCCUGUAUUUUUUGACAUCUUUAUUCUAUUCUUCUCCUCCUGUUGGCUAUAUUACUUUUAUUUUUUUCCCCUCUCUUCACUUUAGGUAUUGGUAGGGGCUUUACAUGUACUGAUAGAAUAGAUC